AUGGAAUCCUGCUCGACACAUCCUGACCUCGCAGGCCAGGUCGCUUUGAUCAUGGGCGUCGGACAGACGCAGACAGCAUCAAAAGACUCAGAACUUUGGGGAAAUGGCGCGGCCAUUGCCUAUGCCCUUUCCCUCAACGGCAUGACUAUUUUCGGAUGCGAUCUCAACCUUGAAGCAGCCAAGCUCACCCAAUCACGCCUCCCUGGACCUUGCGAUGUCAUGACGGCAAACGUCACUUCAUCCUCAGAUGUCAAAGCCGUAGUCGAUGCUUGCUUCAGUAAACACGGACGAAUCGACAUACUCAUUAACAACGUCGGGUUUCCCCUUGCGGGAAAUGCGACUACGCUCUCUGAAGAGGCUUGGGAUGACCAAAUGGCUGUGAACCUGAAGAGCGUCUUUCUCGCCUGUAAGCACGUUCUAACUAUCAUGGAAAACCAGGGCUCAGGCUCUAUUGUCAACAACGCUUCCAUCGCCGGUCUUCGAUCCCUUUCAAAGCCCCAGAUCGCUUAUAGUGCGGCAAAGGCAGCGGUCGUACACCUCACGCAGGUUACAGCUACUGAAUAUGCACCCAAGGGCAUCAGACUAAACUGCGUCGCGCCAGGAAUCAUGUUAACACCGCUGAUCCAGUCUUGGGAGGAUUCGAAGGACAGUGAGCUGAAGAUGUAUCACAAGAUUAUGAGCAGUAAUAUCCCACUUGGAGCGUUGGGAGACGCGUUUGACGUGGCAAACGCGGUGUCGUUUCUUAGUAGUAAUGCUGCCAAAUACAUAACUGGUCAUACAAUGGUGGUUGAUGGCGGUCUGACAAUAACUACUGCAGUAUAA